AUGCAAACAGAUAUCGCAACUCGAGCCAUGGUGGUGACUUUGAUGGCCCCUGGCGGAGGAGCAAAGACGACUAGCGAAAUCCACACCCUUACAGGUCUCCCAAUACGGACAAUAAGGAAGAUCUAUGCGCGAGCAAUCCGGCGAGGCUUCGAGCCUAAUCAACGCCCCAUACGCCUGAUAGAUGCGUGGCUUGAAGAUGCGCCGCGGCCUCUGCAGCGCGUCAAAUACACUGGAGAUCUCAUCGUCUCCAAAGAAAUGAUUGAAUUCUUUGGCAGUGGUGAAACAGCUGCCAAUAUCACCGGCGAACGUAUGGACAUCGGCACUAUCGUCAAAACCCAGUCCACUACGAAGCAGGAUUCAACAUCAACUGAAUCAGAUUGGGAGGAUGAGGAAGAGUAA